AUGAGUCCAUCAGCAAAGAAGAGGCUCAAGAAUACAGUGGUUUCCAAGAUGCAAGAUGAGGAACCACAGGACAAGAUACAGCAGCCUGUCAGCAAAGUAAUUGCGCGGAACCGACUUAAAGCGGUGCUAAAAAACUUGGCGCUCUUGAAGCUGUUUGAGAGCUCGAACCCUCGGACCCAAGAACUGCAUAACCUGGCCAAAAGGUGUUGGAAUUCACUGCUCAGAGUUCCGAAGAUCCGCAGGGUCUCCUCUGGCCACGAAGACGUCUGGGAUACAGUAGAACAAAAUAACAAAGAUCUUCAGGAGGCUGGGUGUCCCAACAAGAAACUGGACUCCAAGAAAUCAGAGCCCCUGAGGGAGCCUGAGGACCCGGAGCAGUCAAGGCCCAAGGCGGCACUGCGGAAGGGGCACACGGCACAGCAAGCAGUGCCGCACGAGGAGGAGCGGCCGGAACCUGAGGUCCCCGUGACAUCAAAGGGUCGUGGCCUGCCCACUGGCCCUGGAGCCCAGGAGAGGCAAUCACCCACUGUGGACCCCCGGGUCGUCUUCCUGAAGACCCACCAGUACAGAACUCCCAUGGAGGACGUGAAACAGCUGGACACAGCAGACCAGUGGAUCUGGUGUGAGGGGCUGCCCACACGAGUCCACCUCCCAGGGCCCCGGGUGAUGUGCAGACCAUCCGCCCUGCGCUCGGUCAAGCGCUGCUGCACCCGCCUCUGCUCGGCAUCACUUGAGCUGCCAAUGGUCCGUCCAUACAAGAUGUGA